ACGUGUCCGCAUGGUUUUUGCUUUUGGAGCAUGCCUGCAGGUGUUUGUUCUCUGCCGUUCUUUUCUGGCGAUUGACGGUACUCACACGAAAGGCUCUCUUCGGGCCGUUUUGGUUGCAGCAACAGGGAUUGAUGGCAUUGGGCGUCUUUUCCCUGUUGCAUUUGCCAUCAUUCCUGCAGAGCAGGGACUAAACUGGGUUUGGUUUAUGUCUCGGCUGAGUUGCAGACCUGGUAAGUCCUCACUUAAGCAGGCCACGUCAGGGACCUGCAGCGCAUGACCAUACUUACUCGCUCGCAGACAGCAGCGAUGGAUCAGAAAGCAGGCGAGUCUGACGAGGCCUAUGAGGCACGUUUGGCGGCCAUCAUAGCCGAAAGCAAGCAACGGGCCGACGCAGCAGCAGCAGCACGGAAGAAGAGAGAGGCAGAGGCAGAUAGACUACAUCUUCUGUCUGAAGAACAGCGACAGAAGCACGAGGCAGCAGCAGCCAAGGCCGCUGAUGAAGAACGUGUCCAGCGACGCGAAGUCAUAUUUAGAGAGGAAGGUGCAUUACAUGCACACGCCAAGGACUGGCAGAGGGAGGCCGAGAGCGGCGAAUCCGUCGACUACGGGAGCAGGGUAUCUCAUCUGCUCAACCGUAUCACGGACCUCCUUGCGACUUGUAUCGCGCAGCAGGAGGACAUCCACUCCCUCGACCACGCCAACAAGGUGUUACAGCAGUCGGUGGACCAGAUGCUCAAGCGCAUACAGCAGCUGGAGCAGCAGGUCGCCACCGCCAACACCAGCAUCAGCCCCUCCGAUCUCGUCGACCACGUCAAUGUCUUGGAGAUAGACAUGGGAACACUUAAGACUGGGGAACAGCAGCUGCAACAACAGAUUUGUGCAGCGGUCGGCCCUAGCGCAACGACAUGCGAAACUAUUGCCAAGUUCGAUGGGCUCCCGAUCUUCUGUGACGCAUCGAAGACCGACCCCAUCCAAUGGUGGCGCCAGUUUGAACUCAAGCUGGACAUCCACCACUUCAUCGACGCGAACCGACAUGCAUAUUUGUACUCCCGCUCGGGAGGCGCGUAUCUCACGGCGGCAUGGAAGAAGCGUUUCCAAGUAGAACCGCCCGAGCACCAGGCGAUAGACAAGCUGCUGACGUUUUCGCAGAACAGCAUGCCAAGUGGAGACUGGAUAUCUGAGUUUCAACGGCUGGCAAGCACGCCCAAGUUGCCAAUGAACUUCGAUGGCAUCAAGCUUUACUUCAUCAAGAGGUCGUGCCCAGUGUUGCAGAAUGCGUUAACUCAAGUCGCCGAGAACCUCAACACAAGUGAGGAACUCUUCAACAAGGCCGCGCAGAUCAUUGUGACGAAUUUGGCAGCCCGAAAGACGGGCCACUCGUCGACUGCCGGCGAGGGCGCGAAUCAGCAUCGGCCGAAAGUGGUCGUGGUCGCAGCAGCAACGCCUAGCGACCCUUCAAUUUUAAACGAGGCUAUUUCGUCUGACGAGGGAGACAGACUCGCAGCUGCCCAGAAUGGUGGCCGCCCCGCCAAAGGACGAGGACGCGGCAAGCCGAAGACAAACACCACUACUUCUUCUGGACCCGGGCAAGCAGCUCCAGCUCAAGGACCUUGGACAUCAUUUGGUCUGACGGAACGCGGAUAUCGCGAGAGGGAGAAUGGCAGUGCUAGGCAGACUGAGGGGUUGUGCAGUGUCGACGGUCAGCAUACUGGACAUCAUCCUCUCCGCAAGGACAAGGGAGGACGCAGUGGCAUGGGUCGAGGUGGGCGAAGGGAGAAGCGUCCCCGACCAGCAUCAGAUGAAGCUAGAGGUUCAUGUCAUGGGGGUGGCGGUCGGGGACGAGGCAGAGGAGCUUCCACUGUCUUUCCGGCAAGUGUGUUGGAUAUAGGCACAUUAGACGAGGUGCUUCUGACCGAGCCAGCCAAUGACGGUAGUAUUGAUAUUGUAUUACACCGAUUGUCCACUCACGAUGACGAUCAUGCAGUCGAUGCAUUGGUAUAUGAUGACGAUGAUGGGGUGGAUGGUGGUGGAGAUGAGGCUGACGCAGACGAUGCUGAUGCAGACGAUGAUAAUAGUGAUGAUGGGUGGCGUGACUCUUUCCUUGAUCCAGGGGAUGGUGAGGAUAUCUUUGAGGAGGGUGCAUUACGUACUCAUGGACUAUCUGCAGUACUUCAUGUGGACGAUGAUGCACAGUUGGGGAAUGCAACAAAUGCUGAAACAAUCAGAGACAGUGAAGUGUCCGCAUGUGACACUGGCAUUGCAGCUAGGAUGUCCGUACGUUUGCAGAGCCGCGCAGUUCGCGCUUUUCAUUGUUGAAGUAUUUGUAGGGGUGUGAUAUAGAUGCAGAUAGUUAUUGGAGUGUAUUGUAUUCUCCG